GACGAAAUAGCACGUCUGUCUGGUCUGUCUGUCCACUUUCUUUCUCCGCUGGUCUCGAGGGGGAUGCUAAUGGAAUCUUUCGAGCAUCUAUGUUGUUCGUGAUGGCUUGGGACACGCCAAAAGCGAAGGCAGCUCUCUGGGAACUCAGUUUGAUCCGACCAGCUUAUGAUUCUGUCUUUUUUCUUAGAGCCCCUUGAUCCACACUGACUAGUCUUGUGUCAGUUGGUUCUGCUGGAAAAAAAGUCCGAUCCCAUUGUUAGAAAAUUUUCUAAUUCAGUAUAUAAUGCUUGCUUGCUUCAUAGGUUGUCAUGUCGAUACUGUGUUGUGUUCCUGUACUUGAAUGUGUCUACUGUUUGGGUUGUGCCCAUUGGUUGUGGAAGAAAUGUUUGUACACAGCAGGUCACGAGAGUGAGAAUUGGGGAUUAGCUACAUCAGAUGAGUUUGAGCCAAUCCCUAGGAUCUGCCGUUUGAUCUUAGCCGUCUAUGAGGAGGAUCUUCAUGACCCCAUGUGGGCACCUCCUGGUGGUUAUGGGAUUGACCCGUAUCAUGUUAUUCUCAAGAAAGACUAUGAUCAGACUCAAGGCCGUGUGACCCCUUACAUGAUCUACUUGGAUCAUGACAACGGCGAUGUCGUCUUGGCCAUUAGAGGGCUUAAUUUGGCCAAGGAGUGUGAUUAUGCUGUUCUGCUUGAUAACAAACUUGGACAGACCAAGUUUGAAGGAGGUUAUGUGCACAACGGUUUGUUAAAGGCAGCCAUGUGGGUUUUUGAAGAGGAGCAUGUGGUUUUAAGGGAGUUACUCGAGGCAAACCCGAGCUAUUCGUUGACGUUUGUUGGGCAUUCGCUAGGUGCAGGGGUUGUGUCUUUGCUUGUCUUAUUCGUGAUUCAGAACCGGGCUAGGUUGGGGAACAUAGAGAGGAAGAGGAUUAGAUGUUUUGCUAUUGCUCCUCCAAGAUGUAUGUCUCUCCAUCUAGCUGUGACAUAUGCAGAUGUCAUAAACUCUAUUGUUCUACAGGAUGAUUUCUUACCUCGGACUACCACAGCUCUAGAGAAUGUCUUCAAGUCAAUUAUUUGGUAA